CAGACUGUCACAGUUGCUACCAAAUCGCUUCGUAGUAAUGCGUGGAACUGAUUCCUAAGAAGUGAUCGAUCCGGCGAGCGAGAGAGAUGGGAGAAGAAGAAACCCUAGGACAUCAGGGCUCGCUUGCAUCUCUUCUCGUCUUCAUGAUUGUAAUGAGCUUCCAGUUAGUCUCCAUCUGGCUCGGACACUUAAAAAAGAGAGGACCCAAGAGUGCUGAAGUACUCCAGUUGCGGGGAGAGAUAAAGCAACUCUUGAAAGAGGCCAGCUCCUUGUCAGAGCCAUCCACAUUUGCACAAGCUGCCAAGCUUAGGAGGUUAGCAGCUGCCAAGGAGAAGGAACUUGCAAAUUAUCAAGAAUCACGUGGCAAGGAAAUGAAAAUAUCAUAUGGUUUGCACCUGAAAGUUCUGUUUCUUUUUAAGGUUCUGACAUAUUUUGUGCUCGUUUGCUGGUUCUGGGGGGUUCCUGUUGCCAUCAUAUCUCAGCAACUUGUGCAACCGUUUGGGAGGGUGUUAUCUUGGAGGACUGGUGGCAUCUCAAACAACAAUGUUAUGGUUGGGAUAAUACCUUGGUUACUAUUAUCCACGAGGGUUAGCAAACUUGCUUGUCGACUCUUAAAAGUAGAAAAUUGAUUCCGGUGAUUAUUGCAUCGGAAAUUGUAGAAUCUCUGUUCUCUAAACACCGUCGUAGUAAAUGUUAUUCUAUUGUUAUUUAUUUGGCCUGAAUGUAAAUUCAUAUUAUGGAAUGGAAUAGUGAGUAAUGAAGUUAGCCUCUUGAAAAA